AUGGCAAACAAGAUUGAGACAGCACAUCAAAUGUACAGAGAUGGGAACUACGAGGAAGCACUUGGAUUUUACACAGAAGCACUUUCCAUGGCUAAAACUAAGCCACAAAAGAUUGCUUUGCAUAGUAACAGAGCUGCUUGUUAUUUGAAAUUGCAUGACUUCAAAAAGGCAGCUGAAGAAUGCUCAUCAGUGCUUGAGCUUGAUCACAAGCACACUGGAGCAUUGAUGUUGCGGGCACAGACACUAGUCACCCUUAAGGAGUACACCUCGGCACUCUUUGAUGUCAAUAGGCUAAUGGAGCUGAAUCCUACAUCAGAAAUUUAUCAGAAUCUUGAAGCUCGUCUGAGGACACAAUUGUCACUUGCUACAAUACCUGAAUCUGAAGUGGAGUUAGAAGAAGAGGAAGAAGAUGAAAAUGAAGCAGAACUGUUUAGACAUGAGGAAAAGCAAGAUGCAGCUACUGCGCUAGUAGACACAAAUAGCAAAAAUGAGCCUUCUCGGACAACGAAUGAUGCUGAAGUUAUUGUCCCUAAAGCACCAGACAUCAAGGAAAUUUAUGCGGAAAGCACAGAUAAAAAAUCUGAACCAAGAAAGACUAUUGCUGCUGAGGUUAUUGCUCAAGCUAGGAAGAAAGUUGAGCCUAGAAAAACAAUUACUGCUGAAGUUAUUGCUCAAGCACAGCGGAAAGCUGAGCCUAGAAAGACUGCUUCUGCUGAAGUUAAUACAAGGACCAAAGAAUCAUCUAAACAGAAUUCUAAUGGAUGGCAAGCAAUCCCAAAACCAAAGGGACACUCAACUCUGGAUUAUGCACGUUGGGAUAAAGUUGAGGAUGACUCAAGUGAAGACGACGACGACGACGAGGAAGAGUGUCAGCCUCAAUAUCGGUUCUGUGUAAGAACAGUUGGUGUGCGAUCAGUGAAGUGA